AUGGUUCUUUUGAACACUGACAGCACCUCGUCCAGCACCUCAACGGUGCAUUUCUCAUUGUGUCCCAAUCAUCAACAAUCAGCAGCACAUGAACAAAUGAUACAGCAAUACUCGUACAAGAUUGAAGCAGUGUUUGACCAUAAAGAAGCAAGAGAAACAUUCAGAAAGUUCUUACGAAAGGAUUGUUUAAAUGAAGAACCUUUUAUUUUCUAUGAAGCUGUAGAACAAUAUAACAAGACUCGCCUCAAUAAGAAUCGAUAUGAACUAGCUCGUGACAUUAUUGACAAAUUCAUUCUCGUUGGUUCCUCUCAUGAAUUGAACUUGUCCAUGAAUGACCGAAAAGAACUUUUAAAUCGAUGGAAACAAAUCACAGAAGCCAAUCAACACAUUACCAACGAAGACCUCCUCCAAUGUCCACCCGAUUUAUUCAGUCGAAUUCAAGACUUGUUAUUCAUUGAACUCAAAGUCGAUAACUUUCCACGUUUCAUCCAGUCGGAAACAUUUAAAAAAUUCUUACUUCGAGAAUUGAAGCGAACCAACGAACACAUUUUAGAAAAACUCGGAACACGGAAAACGUCCUCAUCGUGUUCCUCGCUAGGUAGUACGACUUUGGGUGUAGUGGCAGUAAAGAAGCGAACAAGUAGUGAGGAUGUUGCUGCUGCUUCGUCUUCGUCGACUUCAUCUCUCUCGGCCCUCUCAGAUUUACAAGUUUCAACGACAAAUGCUUCUAAGGCUUCCUCUACACAUCGGUCAUCAAGCCUCAGUGCUUCCUCGGAAAGCUUCUCAUCCUCGUCCUCAUCCAUUCAUGUGCCUCAUCAUGAGGAAGAAGACACAUCUCAUGAUAGUUCUUCCACCACGGAUGAGGAUCAUUCGGAAGAAGUGGAUUUGAAAAUUUCCAACUUUUAUGACUCUUCCUCAGAUAAUCUUUCUGUUACGAGUAGUUUCAGCAGUGGGGAGAUUGCAUCAUCCAAGACAAUGACGGCAACCCAUAGUAGUAGUACCUCUUCCAGCCCUCAGAAUAAUUCUCAAAUUCUGCCCAUUCUUGAUGAAACCAAUACUUGUAUCACUGAAAAAGAUUAUCAAUUAGCUCUUCAAUUACAUCAAUCCUAUUAUAGUGAUACCACCAAUUCCAAUUGGAAAGUUGUUGAUGAAAAGAUUGGUAUGAAAACCGCCAUCUCACCCAAAAUUUAUACAUUUAAUUAUUCCAUGUAUCAACAUCAUCAACAACAACAACACCAUCACUCGAGUAAGGCAAGUGCUCAACAUCACAAGGAAAUUAGCAACAACCUUAAAUUCUUCAUUGCUCAAAGUGGUAUUGUUCCCGGAACCACACGAGAAUGGAUUGAUUUAUUAUAUGGAGAGCAUGUUCAGAAGCAUUUCGGAGAGCUCUACAAGACACGUUUUCAAGUGGAUUAUUACUCCAUGAAUCCAGAGAAGGAUAUUCCAUUUCCAACGAGCUUCAUCUAUGCAGAGGCUCCUCUUCCAUUUCCUUUUACCAAUAGAGACUUUAUUUAUGCAAAAACCAUCAUUCCAGAUCAGUAUGAUCCUUCCACUGGUCUCUACGAUCGUUAUGUCUUGAUCAUGAAACCAUCGAGUCAUCACGACUAUCCAGCCAAGUCAAACCCAAUUCGAGCAAGCCAUCAUUUGGUCUACGUUGUAGAAAAGUAUACCAAAGCGAGUGUACGUUAUGCAGCUUUUGAAACUGGAGACAUGGCUGGAAAGAUUCCAAAAACAUUUUCAGCUCAAUUCUGUAAAGGAACGGCACGAAUGAUGCAUCGAAAGGUGAGAAAGGUUUGCGAGAAGGCCUAUGAAAGCGCCCAAAAAUCAGUGCCUGUUCGAGAUCAUGAUGGAGGAUUGGCCACUCUGAAAGAAUAUGAACAAUAUUUGGAAAAGAAGAGAGUGGAAAGGGUUCUUCACUCGGAAUGUUUUUAA